AUGCCUCAGGACUCCUGGUCGGCUGUUUCCUACAACAUCCAGUCACCCGAAGCAAAAAACGUAAACCUUGCGUACCACAAAGCAGCCGGAGCCUACAAGUUAUAUACUAAGGACAGUGGUCCUAAGACAGCAGUGGAUGGGUAUAGAGAGGGAUUAACUACGUACAAGUCGUGUGCCCUCGGUGGGGCCAAUUGGGGAUCAGACAACUUCUUUUACGUAGAUCUUGGAGCUACGUAUGAUAUUGACAGAAUCAUACAUACCAACCGACUCGGAUAUGCGUAUCGCGGAAAAGACUUCUGGAUACUGGCGACAGACAUGUUCUUUGCUCACGACACCCGCAAGGGGAACCAAACACGCUGCAUCUACCAGGCGGAGAAACUGAAAGACGGCGUAGUCACCCAGUACAAGUGUCCCCGGAACGUGAAAGGCCGGUAUAUCGUCGUCUUAAAGUACCCAGGCAAUGAUUAUCUUCAGGUGUGCGAGUUGGAGGUUUAUGAUAAGAACACCUUUGAGAAUCUUUCCCUUGAUAAACCAGCCAGCUUCAGUCACACGUCUACCAAACCAGCCUCUUACGCAGUGGAUGGAUAUUGGAGGUACUCGACCACCCUAACCCCUGGUUGUGCCGUCAACGACAACAAGCAGAUUAACCGGCUGGAGUGGUGGGCAGUUGAUCUACAACAGAUGUACCAUGUCAGGUAUAUGCACAUCGGAACUGCCGAUGUGGCCAAAACACUUGCUAUGAAUAAGUUGAAGAUUGCGGUGCAAAAGAAAUUCCAGAAGGGCAUGCUGGAUUCUGAUUUUGUCAUAUGCCUCACUGUGACCAAGGCGCUGACGGCGAAGACCGCGUAUACUGUGUUCUGCCAGGACCGGGCGAUAGGCCGUUACGUGGUGAUUCAGAAGGACAACGCGGCCGCAACUACUAUAGUCCCGCUGACAUUGUGCGAGGUCGAGGUUUACGGUGAUGUUCCCCAUGAAAAUGUUGCGCUAAAUAAGCCAACGACGACAGUGGGCGGUGGUCUUAGAAAAGAAAUAGCUGUCGACGGAAGCCAUAAAUCUGGAACAUCCGUGUGCUUUGCAUCGCCAAAGAAGGCAAAUAAUGAAUGGUGGGCGGUGGACUUGCUCGAUGACUACAUUGUCAACACAGUAACAAUCUAUUUCCAAACCGACCAGGACAAUUUUUCUGUCUACGUCAAAGCUGGUACUGUGAACCAGCUGUGCCACAAACAGACCAAUAAGUUAAAAGCUGGCUACGUGUACCCGAUCCGCUGCGCUAAGCCUCUGGUUGGUGACGCGGUGUCUGUCGUGAAACACAACUCGGGCAGCGCGGCGCUGACUCUAUGUGAAGUCGAGGUAUACGGGGAUAUCUUCGAUGGCAACUUGGCCUUGGGCAAAACGGCGUACCAAUCGACAACGUAUUGGGAUUACAAGGCCGACCUGACCAAUGAUGGCUUGGCUCUGCCGAACCUAGCAGAUGGCUCCUGCUCGCAGACUCUCUCUAUCCAGAUGGAUGAUCCGAACAGACCAAAUUGGUGGGCCACGGACCUGGGAGCUACUAGAAAGCUUUACAAUAUGAAGAUCGUUAAUAGCGACAACUGUGGGACCAACUGCCUCCGUGACUUCGCCGUCCUGGUAACGGACAAGUUCGACACGACCAACUUUCACGCCAACAAAUAUGAGACUUGCUACGAUGAGCCGAUAUCGCUGAUGGGAGGUGUGGUUUUCUCGUUCCACUGCCAGAGACAGAUGUCGGGAAGAUACGUCGUGAUAAAGGCUCCGUCAAGUUAUCAGCUGACCAUUUGUGAAAUGUUUGUCUACGAUGUGAAUUAUCUCGUUAACGUAGCCAUGGGAAAACCGGCAAAGAGCUCACCAGAAGAUGUUAAAAACCCCGCGUACAGGGCAACAGACGGACAGACUGACGGUAAUAUGGCGGGCAAGGCCUGCAGCGCCACCUGUGGGUGGAAUACAGAGGAGUGGUUGAGCAUCGACUUAUUGGCGAGGUACAGAGUGUGGGAGGUCGUUGUACACAGCAAAAUAGAUAAAACAGGCACUGGACUCCAAGACUUCGACGUGCACACCGCCGACACAUUCGACUUGGAUACCUUCCAGAAUUCGCCACACAACUCCUACAUCUGCCACAGCCAGAAGGAGGAGCUCGACAUAGGAUCCAAUAACCUCCGGUGCCAGGGUGAAGCAAGUGGCAGAUACGUGGUAUUUUGGAAGGACAAUAAAGCUAAAUCGCCUUUGGUCUUGUGCGAGGUUGAGGUGUUUGGGACUCUUUUGCAAGCUGGACACAACAACGUAGCGGUUGGAAAGGCGGUCACCCUGUCCGACAAGGGAAAUGGUGCUCGUGCGACAGAUGGACGGACCCACCCCAACGAUGUAUUUGUAUGCGCCAAGACCUCUGGGGCUCUUGACACAGAAUGGUUGGCUGUCGACCUUGGGCAAACAUAUGAAGUGUCCGGAGCGGCUAUAGUAAACAGACACUCUUGUUGUGACAAAGCACAACUUGGAGACAUCGAACUCAUAACGACCCGUGACCUUCACAUCGACGAUGUGAAGAAGGGUGCCUAUUAUCAGUGCGCGGAGCGGACACACCCAAUGGGCAAGGGUCAUGUCAUGAACUUCCCUUGUGGGAGGUUUGUCAGGGGGAGGUAUUUCAUCGUGAUCAAAACAAAGGCAAAGACAGCACCACUGGUGGUAUGUGAGGUGGAGGUUUAUGGGAAGGCGGUUACUGUCAGCGGUAACCAAAACCUCGCACUUAACAAGAACGCCACCCAAAGCUCGGAGGUUUCCAAAACGGCUCGAACUGCCGCCACGGCCGUGGAUGGUAACCUGAAGCCUGACAUUGCAGGCGGAGCGUGUGCGAAGACUUCUGGGAAUCAGGAUUUCGAGUGGUGGAGCGUGGCUCUGAAUGAUACCUAUAUGGUGGAGAGGGUUGUUGUCGUGGCGGAUACCGCCUACAACAACCUUACAAUCCUAGUGGCCUACGACGACUUCGAGCCAAGGGACCUGAACGUCAAGUUCCCUGGUGCAUUUGUCGCAAGUAACUACGUAUACGGAGCAGUCUCCGCUGCAACUACGGCGGGGCCAACCACUGCCGGUUCCACUGAUUCUACUGCUGCUUCGACCGCUUCUACCGCGGCUGCAUCUACAACGACCACGGCUGCCCCUACGACCACGCCAUACGUCCCUGUGACCACGUUUUCAGCCUGCGGUGUUAUGACUUUCACUGCAAAACUAGGCGAAAUUAGAGAGCUAGAUUGUAAGAGUGGCGUUAUCGGAAGGCAUAUUAUAGUGGUGAAGGAUAAGACAAAGGGAAAACCAUUGAUUCUAUGCGAGUUUGAAGCUUAUGGAACAGUGCCGCCACCUACAACGACGAGCACCACGACGACCUCUUCGACAACAACGAUUUCAAAACCAGCAACGACAACAACGACUACUGUCAAACCCCCGGACACCACGCCGGGUGGCCAAAGGAGUGGGCAGGCAUCUGGGACAAGCAGCAACAGUGUGGCUAUCUUCAUUUUCCUUGUCGUCGCUCUCGGGUUUGGCUGUGCUCUCUGACAGAACGUCAGUUCUGACUCUUCCCUUGAUGCCCGGAGUGUUGAAAGGUUUUCAUAAUGGACUGGAAUGAUAGCUUGCCAAAUGUGUACCAGGAUUGAUCUGUGACUUCGUGUACUUUUGUUCUGUUGCACUAUUUCAAUAACAGGGACUCAAUCACCAUGUAACUACAUGUACGUUUGGUUUUCCUCACCAAAUUUUCCUUAUUAAAUAACAGAUCCUUGUGU